ACCUGAAAUCCCUGGUGAUAGGGUAGCUGCGUGUGACGUCGUUUCUGGAUAAGUACUCCGCUUUAAAAGUUACAGACCUUCCACCGCGGAACAACUAAUCUCCAUUCUUCUUCUACCGUUGGCUCGCUUGGAUUGCGAGUUGCGUUUCGGUUCAGUUGAAGCUGUCUCCGUUCAACUGUGUGGAUCGUGCGAACAGAGGGUUAGUAUUGGUUGCAAUAGUUUUGAAGUCGGAAGAUGGCGGCUGUGGUACAAUGUGCGCAUGCGUGUUCACGAGGGACUAGUGCGGCGUGGAUUCCUAUUCCGAGCCCUGUGAGCUUCAAUGGAAACGGUGUACAGAGCUGGUCGCCUCGAGGUUUCAGACCCGCCAUGUGCGGGAAGGUGGGCAGUCAAUGGGCUCAGGGAAGAGGAAUCGUGACGAUGGGGCUCACUAAUGGUGAAGAAAUUGAAGGAUGUGAUGCUGGGAACCCGGGAGUCAGCAUCCUUCGUUUUGCACAGAAGGCUGGCGUCGCUUUGGCGCUUGGUCUCUCGCUCUCGUUAGGAGGUGUCGACAUGGCGGAGGCCAAGAGGCUCGAAGGCGUGAACAAACCGGAGUUGCUGCCGAAGGAAUUCACCACAGUUAUUGAUGUGGCUGGAUUCUUGUCAUCUGGACAGGUGGACAGAAUCAAGAAUGCUGUAGAGAGUCUUGAACAAGACACAGGAUACAAGCUGCGGGUGCUUGCCCAAAACUAUCCCACCACACCAGGUCUAGCAGUGCGGGAUUUUUGGAGCGUCGACGACAAUACCGUUGUAUUUGUGGCGGAUCCCAGCUUAGGUAACAUUUUAAACUUCAACGUGGGAGCUGGUGUGGAUCUCAGCAUUCCUCGAAGCUUUUGGACACGAUUAGCAGGGAAAUAUGGCAACAAAUUUUACUGGCAGGAGAUGGGUGAAGAUGCUUCAAUCGAGGCAGCGGUUAACGCAAUUGGAGAAUGCUUGAGGGAACCUGCUGGACCCAGAGCCUGCUCAGAAAUCAAGUAGUGGAGACUUUUAUGUUCCAGGUCAAGUAAUUCAUUCUUUGUAAAGCAUUUUAGAAAUAAUCAGGUGCCUGAUAUUGCAGUUGGGUAAUGCUCGAGAUUUGUGACAGCUUAACUGAAUUAACUGUUUCAAGUUUGGAAAUGAUAAUUGUCUCUUUUUUCGAAUUUGUGAUCUUGCUGAGACUUCUAGGAAUAGAAGCUGAGAAUUUCACUUA